UUCUUUUUUGACCGCUUCCAGGUUACCGGGGUCAGCGGCGCUUGAGCUUCCGGGGGCGCUACUGGAGGGCGCGCGGGCCGGGGUCGACGCCGGGUCGGCAACAUUGAGCAUGUGAAUUAACCCAAGGAAACUUGAGUUCCAGUAUGUGGUAUAUUAUGCAGAGCAUUCAGAGUAAAUAUUCUUUGUCGGAGCGCUUGAUCCGGACUAUUGCAGCCAUCCGAUCCUUCCCGCAUGACAAUGUCGAAGACCUUAUCAGGAGGGGAGCAGAUGUUAACUGUAUGCACGGUACCCUGAAGCCAUUGCACUGUGCUUGCAUGGUUGCUGAUGCCGACUGCAUUGAGCUGCUCUUGGAAAAAGGAGCUGAGGUCAAUGCCCUUGAUGGCUACAACCGAACAGCACUUCACUAUGCAGCGGAAAAGGACGAGACUUGCGUAGAGAUCCUAUUAGAAUAUGGGGCAAAUCCCAAUGCACUGGAUGGUAACAAGGACACGCCGCUUCAUUGGGCCGCCUUCAAGAACAAUGCUGAAUGUGUCCGAACACUCUUAGAAAGCGGCGCCUUUGUCAAUGCUCUGGAUUACAACAACGACACCCCGCUGAGCUGGGCAGCGAUGAAGGGAAACCUGGAGAGUGUGAGCAUCCUUCUGGAAUAUGGGGCAGAGGUCCGGGUGGUCAAUAUGAAGGGGCAGACCCCGAUUUCGAGGUUGGUUGCCCUGCUGGUCAGAGGACUCGGCACCGAGAGGGAAGACUCCUGCUUUGAUCUCCUUCACAGAGCCGUAGGACACUUUGAGUUGCGGAAGAACGGCACGAUGCCACGCGAAGUCACGCGGGAUCAGCAACUCUGCGAAAAGCUCACCACCCUGUGCUCCGCCCCGGGCACCUUAAAGACGCUGUCGCGCUAUGCUGUGCGCCGCAGCCUGGGAGUGCAGUUCCUGCCAGAUGCAGUGAAGGAGCUGCCUCUGCCAGAAUCUCUGAAAGAGUAUGUGUUGCUUAAAUGACAGCUAAAGCCUUGCAAGGCUCUGUUAAUAGCUCACUUUGGUUGACUUAACUGUGCAGCUCCUUUCCUGGUGCUUUGCAGAUCAGUGUGAUACUGGUUCUGACAUUGGCUGGUUGUUUCCCUUAGUUUCUCAUUUUUUCCUUCUUUUCUUCACUGAGAGAGGCUGGAAGGUGUAAUGUCUAGUUCUUGAGAAAGAACCCUGCUCUUCGCCUCCUGCAGUUCUUCCCUGAAUUCCUAGAUCUGAUUUCUCCUGAGAAUCUUUUGCACAAAGGGAAGGUGGAGCUAUGUAUCAGGCUGGAGGAGGAGGAGGAGGAGGUGGGGAAGACACAAAAGCCAAAUGAUUGGUGACUUUCCUGCUUCUAGCUUUACACUCUUGAGUCAGCAGGCCUGUCUUGCCAUUUCAUUUUCUACUGCAAGGUAAAGUGGCUUGAUGGAUUGGAACAAAGGCAGCCCUUCUCUGUUACACUGCCUCCUUUGUGUCUCUCCUAUCCACUCAUCAAAUUGGCAGGAGAGGGAGAAUUCUCUCCAAAGUAGUGGAUCAUGUUUUGAUACUUUGGCCAGAUCUUCAUGUGCAGCAGAAUGAAAUUCCACAACAAAUCCCAAGGUGGUAGUGGACUGUCUCACUUCAGACUGCCGGUGGAGAAUAUGAUUUGUGAAUGGCCCUUGGUUGGGAGUCAGGUUGAGGAACCAAACCCCUGCAAGUAGAAAGCAAACACCUCAGGGCAACAAGUUCUUCAGCAGUCCUUUAUUUGCUGUCCUAAUGUAAA